CGUUUCAGUCCUAGGCCUUCUUCGACUUCAGGAUCCAACACGGAGGAGCCUAUGCAGUUGGGUCGCACACAGCUCUCCAAGGAGGAGAGGGACCGUCGAUUCCAGCAGAAUCUUUGUUUCUACUGUGCUGCUCCCGAUCACCGUAUUGAGAACUGUCCAGUAAAAGGUCUGGCUCCACACGGAAGAAGGAGACGUGUGUGAGCCUUUCUCUGUCAUCCUCCUUCCAACCUAACCCAAGGACUAAAGCCAUGUUUCAUGUCCGGAAUCAGGUACACUCAGAAACUGUACUAAUUGACUCUGGGGCAGACAGUAAUUUCAUGUCAGAGGAAAUUGUUAACAAGUGGGGUGUCAACGUUUUCCCUCAGCAGAAGCAUUUGAGUGUCAAAGCCAUUGAUGGCCACGUCAUAACCAACAGUCAUCUGGUUACUGAACCAUUGAAGAUGCAAAUGGACAAUCAUUUUGAGUUUAUCAGAUUUCAUGUUCUCAAAAAUACUGACAUUAAUGUAAUUUUAGGUCUGUCCUGGUUGCAACAACACAAUCCGCAGGUUGAUUGGCGGUCAGGUCGGAUCCUGACUUGGGAUACUGGCUGCUACAAUAACUGUCUAGGCGCUAUGGAAACACCACCGUCCUCAGAUCGUAACAGGACCACAGGCACAUCACCUCCCCGAGGCCAUGUAUACUCGCUCUCGGCUCCUGAAAGGCUAGCCAUGGACACUUACAUCAAGGAGUCGCUGGCUGCUGGACUCAUAAGGCCGUCUUCCUCUCCUGCUGGGGCUGGUUUUUUCUUUGUCAAGAAGAAAGACGGGGGCCUGAGACCAUGUAUUGAUUACAGAGGGCUCAAUGAGAUCACUAUCCGUAACCGCUAUCCUCUGCCCCUAAUGUCAUCUGCCUUUGAACUUCUCCAGGGUGCCAGUAUUUUCACCAAGUUGGAUCUACGCAACGCCUACCAUCUGGUCCGGAUCAAGGCAGGGGAUGAGUGGAAAACAGCUUUCAACACGCCUUUAGGCCACUUUGAAUAUCAGGUCAUGCCAUUUGGCUUAACUAAUGCCCCGGCUGUUUUUCAAAACCUUGUUAAUGAUGUAUUGGGAGACAUGAUUAACCACUUCGUAUUCGUUUAUCUGGAUGACAUACUGAUCUUCUCACGUUCUAAGACUGAGCAUGUCCAACAUGUACGCAAGGUCCUUCUCAGACUACUACAAAACCAACUUUAUGUCAAAGCAGAGAAGUGUGAGUUUCAUGUCACUACUACCUCGUUCCUGGGGCUGGUCAUCUCAGAGGGGAGGGUCAAGAUGGAUCCUAAAAAGGUGCAGGCAGUAUUGGAGUGGCCGAAACCCGAGAACCGUAAACAACUUCAACGGUUUCUUGGAUUUGCUAACUUCUACCGGCGCUUCAUUAAGAACUACAGUAAGAUUGCUUCACCCUUAUAUGCUUUGACUUCAUGCAAAAGGACAUUUUCCUGGAACCAGGAAGCGGAGUCUGCCUUUCAGGAAUUAAAGUACCGUUUUACUUCAGCUCCUGUUCUGAUUACACCUGACCCGGGUAGGCAGUUUAUUGUAGAAGUAGACGCUUCAGACACAGGGAUUGGCGCCAUCCUCUCUCAGCGGAGCCAGGACAAUAAGGUCCACCCGUGCGCUUUCUUUUCCCGCCGCUUGUCUAGUGCUGAGAAGAACUAUGACGUCGGGGAUAGAGAGUUGCUGGCCAUCAAGGACGCCCUGGAGGAAUGGCGUCAUUGGCUAGAAGGGUCUGAAACUCCUUUCGUCGUGUUCACAGAUCACAAGAAUCUGGAGUACUUGAGAACAGCCAAGAGAGUUAACUCCCGCCAAGCCCGCUGGGCUUUGUUUUUUAACCGGUUUGAUUUCUCUCUUUCCUAUAGACCAGGCUCUCUGAACACGAAGGCUGACGCACUAUCCCGAAGGGAUGCCUGCCCAUCACGGGAGGAGACUCCGGAAUUCAUCUUGCCAGUUUCUGCUCGACUAGCAAUAAUAAACACUGAUAUUGAGGAGGAGGUACGAUCUGCUAAUCAGGGCUCCCAGUCUCCGUCAGCCUGUCCCACAGAAUGUAUUUAUGUUCCAGAUAACCUCAGAGCAAAGGUAAUACAAUGGUUCCAUUCAUCCCGCAUGUUUUGCCAUCCUGGUCAGAGGAGAACUUUUGCUAUUAUCCGACAGAGGUUUUGGUGGCCAAACAUGAGAAAAGACAUCACUGAAUAUGUCUCUGCUUGUACAGAGUGUGCUCAAGUCAAAGCUUCUACAUCCCCUCUCGCUGGGUUGCUACAACCGCUGUCAGUCCCUGGAAGACCCUGGUCCCACAUCUCUUUGGAUUUCGUCACAGGGCUUCCACCAUCUGACGGGAAGACUGUUAUCCUAACCGUGGUGGAUCGGUUUUCAAAGAUGGUGCACUUCAUUGCUCUUCCUAAACUCCCUACAGCUAAGGAGACUGCUGAGGCCCUUCUCAACCAUGUAUUUCGCAUCCACGGCAUUCCCAGGGAUAUCGUCUCGGACAGAGGUCCCCAAUUUACAGCCAAGUUCUGGGCAGAGUUCUGUCGCCUACUGGGAGUGUCUGUGAGUUUAUCUUCUGGCUUCCAUCCAGAGUCUAACGGCCAAUCUGAACGGCUUAACCAGCAGUUGGAGACUAGCCUCCGCCUCCUCUGCACCCGAGAGCCGGCUUCAUGGUCCCGUAACCUCAUCUGGGCGGAAUACGCCCAUAACACUCUUCCUUCAUCUGCCACAGGGUUGUCUCCCUUCAAGGUGGUGUAUGGGUACCAGCCCCCUCUGUUUGCCUCCCAGGAGGGAGAGGUCUCUGUUCCCUCAGCCUACGCUUCUGUCCGGAGAUGUCAGCAGGCCUGGCGCAGGGCCCGGCAGACUCUCCUGAGGACUGUGGAGACCUACCGUACUGCUGCCAAUAGACGAAGAGUUGCAGCUCCUUCCUAUCAGGUGGGCCAAAAAGUAUGGCUUUCUACUGCUAAUCUUCCCCUCCGUCUGGAGAACAGGAAGCUGGCGCCGCGGUUUGUUGGACCCUUCCCUAUCUCCAAGGUGGUCAACCCAGUUGCUGUUCGUCUACGCCUGCCCAGACCCCUCCGCAUACAUCCCACUUUCCAUGUCUCCAAGGUGAAGCCGGUUAGGACCAGUCCCCUUGUUCCCUCUGCCAAUGCCCCGCCUCCAGCUCGGUACAUCGACGGGGGUCCUGCCUACACCGUGAGACGGCUGCUCCGUUCUCGUCGUCGUGGAAGGGGUUUGCAGUACCUGGUGGAUUGGGAGGGCUAUGGCCCGGAGGAACGUUCCUGGGUCCCUGCUCGGUUUGUUCUCGACCCCACCAUGAUCGCGGAGUUCCAUAGAGACCAUCCUGAUCAACCCGCACGACCGUCUGGAGCCGGUCGUUGAAGAGGAGGUACUGUCAUGACAGCAGCUGCCCUGCCCCCCCAGCUGCUGCUCGUCACCUCUGAUUCACUCCACCUGUUCACUUGAGUAUAUAUUGCUGCCAUGCAGCUCCACUCACUGCUGGAACGUCAAGUCUUCUGCCUGAUUCCCAGCUUACUCAUGCUUUGUGGUUUCAGUCUGCCUGCAAGCCUGCUUUUUGCUCCACGCUCUCAGAUUGCCUGCCUGCCUGCCUGCCUGCCUGCCUGCCUGCCCCAAGCUUCCAACAAUCAACCAACCUGCCUGCGACCUCCAGUUUCUCACUGCCAAGUCCUCUCUCAAGAUACCAAGCAGUAAGACAUUCCUCAUCACCCACAAGUCUGCCUCAGCUCCCUCUGGUGUCAAGUUUCAGCCAUCAUCCUUCCUGCUCUGGUCCUCAAAUAAACUCUGAAGUUCUUACUCCUGGGUCUGUCAUAUUUUGUUGGUCCUCAAGACCUGGUCCUGACAAUAUAGCUGGACACACCUGUGUUUAUAGACACAGAUACACCUUUGUAUCUGGACACACCUGAAA